UGGCGUAGAAACUGAGCACUGUUCUGUGUAGAACACCUUCAUUGAAGUUGUCAAAGAAGUCCAUUACUGGUGUUGCUCGUUGUCUUUUCUUGGGAGACGUAAAUGUCGCCCCGUCGUUUUCUUGAUUUACUUUUCCUUCGCUGCAUAUUCUUUUUACUGUUCGUUCGCUAACUUUUGUUGCCAAAGCUGUCCUGUAAUUAACUUUGGAAACGUUCUCUGUAGGUCCUCCGUAGUCCUUCUCUUUCUGGAAAUACUCGUGGACGUUGAAAACAAUGUCCUUUGCCUGACUACGUAAGUGAGAUGAGUGAUGGUUUGGAUGAGCUGCCAUGCUUCCUCUGUGGUGGAUGGAAGUGGAAUGCCGGGCUGGGCCGAGGGAACAGGGAGUGGCCAGAGGAGGAGUCAGUGAGGUCGUGACCCGACAACACUGUUGAACACUGUUGUCACGUUUUCUCCACCGUUUUAUAAUAACCUAAAUAUAUAAGUAACAGUACACUGUGUAGCUCAUUGCAGUUUGAAUUAAAAUAAUAUUAGUGUGUUUAUAUCUUUUGAAAAAAAUUUUUUUUUAAAUGACGCACAUUAAUUAAAGCCAAAUACGUUCACUUGACAUAUGAGCAUUUUUCACGGCCCUCCCUCUCACGGGCCAAAUUAGCUGGCGCGCACUAUAGCGAAAUGUUGAUACGUAGACGCCUUGGCAUCAUUGUGUCCCUGGUCAAGGAGUGCGGUCUAUCGCUUUCCAUCACGCGAAUAUCGUCCGCGGAGAACAAAGCAGACUCCCUCACACGUGUGCCCCAGCGAUGGCUGAAAGCAUCAACAACAGUCGAUCUGUCACCGUCAGUUUGUGCUAUUGCUGCAGACCCUGCUAUUGAUCAGUUAGUGGCAGACGUUCACCAUUCUCGAGGUCAUCCUGGUGUGAGACGGACUCUUUACUUCGCGAGGAGGGUCAACCCGGCAGUAACCAGGGGACAGGUGCGCUCAAUUACUACCACCUGUCAGGAAUGCCUAUCUAUCGACCCGGCGCCUGCGAAGUGGCAUACUGGUGACUUGUCCGUGACUGGCAUUUGGCAAAGAGUCGGGAUGGACAUCACGCACUGCAGAGGACAGUUUUAUCUCUCAUUGAUAGACUGUGGACCAUCACGCUUCACCAUUUGGCGCCUGCUUCAGCUUCAGACAAGUGAUUGCGUCAUUAAGCACCUGGAAGCGGUGUUCUUUGAACGUGGGGCGCCGCAGGAGCUACUGACGGAUAACGACACAGCUUUUCGCAGUAAGCUGUUUUCUCAGUUCGCCUUGCGGUGGAAUGUGCGUGUCCACUAUAGGGGAGCCUAUGCCCCAUCUGGUAAUGGUAUAGUGGAACGCUGCCACCGUACUGUGAAGGUGAUUGCGGCAAGGAAAGGCUGUUCGAUAGCAGAGGCAGUGUAUCUAUACAACAUCACGCCUUCUGAUGAUUGUACGCAGUCUUCCGCUCCAGGAAAUGUAAUCUACAAUUACGCCAUGAGAGUGCGAGGAGAGGCUGAAAUAGAAAGAAAUGUCAGGGUACAACACAAUCCUUACCAAAUGGGAGAUAAUGUAUGGGUGAAGCCGCCAAGAGGACGCUGCGACGACCGAUAUAAGGAGGGCACGGUGACCAGUAUUGUUUCUGAUCAAGUUGCGGAGGUGGAUCAAAUUCCGCUGCAUGUCAAGGAUCUCCGGAAGCGUAGUUCGAGCCGUCAACGACAAGAGCAAGAUAUUAUCGCCUCUGAAAGUAGUGACGAUGAAUUGAUAAUGGCGUUCCCUGUUCAAGAUGAUGCCGACGUGGGUCAACGGAGGGUUAUCGAGGAAGGGGAGGCAGAACAACCAUUAAGACGUUCGACCAGGAUAGCAAGACGGCGACAGUGUUUAGUAUGUGAUUGAUAUAUCAGGGGGGAGUGUAUGUGUGUGGAAGUGAGAAUGGUUUGUUGGGUGAGAGAGAGAGAGAGAGAGAGAGAGAGAGAGAGAGAGAGAGAGAGAGAGAGAGGGAGAGAGAAUUGCUCGUUUGUGUAAUUAAUAGCCUCUUCUCAUUUAAAUGAUGUGAGUCAUGCGCGCUGUGUUAGCAACGGAAAGGCCUGAGGAAUGAAGCGAGGUGAAGAAGCUGUUCCCGAUUAUGAGAGGGGCAGUUGGCCGCCAGCAAGCACACCAGAAGGAGGCCCCGCAAAGAAGGCCUUCAUACCGCCCGGGGCGAGGUUCUGUGCGAGGCACCGUCGGCUGUGUGCCGGAGUCCGGAGUGCCCGCUGUUGGGAAGGCCUACGACGGCGGCGGCGAAUCAGGGGAAGCGGACCACUGGCU